GUUCAUUCUUAUCCCUUUUUUCAAGAAUAAUUAAUAGCUAAUGACCUUGCACGGUAGCAUUUAGACAAUUAGAUUCAAAUCUUAUACCUCAAGCCUUUUCGGAAUAUAAAACAUAUUUUUUAUGAGCUUUCCUUUUGUUACCUUUCCAAUCUUCUUCUCCCCUCCCCAAACACUUCUUUUAUGUAUCAUAUCUCACAAUUUUUAACACAUAUGCAUUAGUCUUAUUACCAUCCUACAUCAAAAUUUUGUGUCAAUGAACGACAACAAGGUUCAUUGGGGAGGAUUGAUUCAACAAAGUCAUGGACUAAGUGGGGAUUUUAAUUCUGAGUUUGGUAAUCAUUACUGUCAAUAUUUUGAUAUCAGACAACCCUGGAAUAUGGGACCACUUGCGAUGGUUGGAAGAGAAGCCACAGAUCAGUUCCCAAACAUUGGCCAUGUCAAAUCAUCUGGCACCAUUAUCAGCCGUUUUGAGUCACCAGCUUCUGCCUUUUAUGCUGCAGAAAACUGCAUGGGAUUUUCAGAAUAUGAUUGCCAACUUGGUGUUCAAUCUCAGUUAUGCAAGAUUAAUGACUUGGAAUUCCCUUUGUAUCAAUCUCCCAGGGAAAACCUUAUCUUGGACACAGCAAACCAACCUGACUCAAGCUAUGAUUUUUCAAACACUUUGCAGUCCAUAGUGAAAUCUCAAUUCAAUAAUAAUCAAUGUCGUGUAUCCCCUGAAAAGUCCAAUAAAAUUUCAUGUGGGAAUUUUCCCACCACCAAGUUCCUUCCAAUUGAACAACAAAAGUUGUUCAUUGAUGGUGUCAUCAGGGGUUCCUCAUUUCCCAACAAUGGAAUUCAGGAUCGCACGGUUGCUCGUGGAUCUUUUGAUUUACCUGUUGCACAUAUGAGAUUUUCUUCUCAGAUCGAGAAGUUGUCUCCAACACUUUCAGCAGGAAGUGUGUCUACUGUUGGAAACUCUGCUUCUAAUGGGGCAGCAGUCUCAAGCAAAACACGUAUAAGAUGGACUAAGGAUCUUCAUGAGAAGUUUGUUGAGUGUGUGAAUCGCCUUGGAGGCUCUGAGCAGGCAACACCAAAAGCUAUAUUAAAGAUGAUGGACACAGAUGGCUUGACUAUCUUCCAUGUCAAAAGUCAUCUGCAGAAAUAUAGAAUUGCAAAAUUCAUUCCAGAGCCUAGUCAAGGGAAAUCUGACAAAAGAACCCACAUAAAAAAUGUGCAUCAUCUUGAUGUCAAAACAGGCUUACAAAUUAGAGAGGCACUUAAGCUUCAAUUAGAUGCCCAAAGGUGUCUUCACGAACAACUAGAGGUUCAGAGAAAAUUGCAGCUGAGAAUUGAGGAACAAGGAAGGCAACUAAAAAAAAUGUUUGACCAGCAGCAAAAGACAAGUAAUAACCUCUCAAAUACUCAAGAUUCAGGCACUGAUGAGACAACAAUUACUCAUAAAGAUGGUGAAGUUUCUGCUUCUGAAGGAGCCAACAAUUCCUUCUUCACUUCCCAAGCCUCUCCAAGCCAAUAAUCAGAUAUGAUUAUGUAUAAAAUUACAGUUUUCUGCAUGCUUACUCCUUGUAAGAGGCAGGUAGACCACAUCCUGUGAUUUUGUUAUGUGAAGAAUAACAUUGUUGUUUAUCCUACAAAUGAAAACUCUAUAUGAAUUAGUACAUAAUUUAGAGUGCUUACAUUAUAUAUUCUAUAGAAACAAACAUGUAGCAUUGUAUCACAGUUGCUUUACUAGGGGAGGAGGGAAUAAACUUUGUAAGCAGAGUCUUAUGUGUUUUUUCAGCAAGAAGCCAUUGUUUUGCU